UUCGAGACCGAACAGGAAGCGGAACGACGGCGUAUAUUCGAGCAUUGUACCGAAGUAUGUGAUGAAAACGGUACAGGUGAAAUGCCAUGCUCCAAGUGCCAAAUUCCUUAUGAGGGAUACGGCUGUCUAAGGCAAAGACGCGAGAAAAGCCUCAUUACAAGCGAACCUGAUUUUUUGGCCUUCUUUUCUUGCCUGAACUUCACGGGUGACUACCAUUGCACCGCUGUAACCAUAACUACACCUGCAAACAUAUCUAAAUACCAUGUGGGUGCGAGUGCCUCCUCCGACAUCUAUCCACCUCCUCGUAUCCGUCUACACCAUCUAUGUCUUGUUUCUGAUUCUGGCAGUCAUCUCAUUUCCAUUACUCUGGCCCAUAGUCGACCUACAUAUCCGAUGGAAGUUGGGAGGUACUUUGGAUGGAUUCUCGUUACAAUGCCUGGAUGA